ACUCAGCGAGGGGUCAAAGUUGUCCCCUUCAGCGAGGACAACAUUGCGAUUGUGUCUCCAACAUCCAAGACUGGAACAUGGGAAGGGAAAUACUUUAAGUCCCAUAUCCCCUUUCUAUUGUUUCCAAACCGUACGUAUAAGUAGGUGCAAUAAAGCCGCUCGACAGUGUGCGUCUUUCCUCCUCCUCAUUCUAUCUCUACCCUACGCUUGAAUCACUCUGGGCUACUCAAUUUACGUUUGUUUUCGUCUUGCCGACACCACACCGGCAUUCGCAAAAUAAAAAUCCACAUAUACAGAUCCAGCGACACACAACAAGAUGGCCUCUGGUACCGCUGACAAAUCGAAGCCCUACCUCCCGCUUGCCGGCCUCGCCGGGGACGGUUGGUCCAAGGACGGCAAGGCGACAGCCACCUGCUACUGUGGCACGGUGCAGCUCAUUGUAUCCCUCGACGGCGUCGUCAACACCUUUGUCUGCAACUGCGCCGACUGCCGCAAGAUCACCGCGUCCAUGUUCGCCAGCAACUUCACCGUCAAGAACUCCCACUUUGAGUACGCGCGCGGGAAGGACCGUCUCAAGACGUUUAGCCAGUCUCAGACGAUCGCUUCGGGCAAGGCGAUGACCAACUACUUCUGCGAGAACUGCGGUACGCUCAUGUACCGUGUUGGCGAGCGCUUUCCUGGAGUGAGCAUCCUGCGCAUUGGCACUGUUGACGACUUUUCGUUGCAUGAGACCAGGCUUCGGCCACGACAGGAGCAUUGGACUAAGGACCGUGUCUGCUGGUUUACGGGAGUCCAGGGGAUAGAGGAGACUUUUGAGGUUCAGGGGGGAGGGGGAAGAAACGGAGGCAUCAGCAAUCUUUAAUGAUUUCCAACGGGGAUUAGAUAUUGGAUCAUGUCCUGGAGGGUGUUCAGGAUUCUUUGACGGGUAAUGUACAUUAACAGAACAAGUUUUAGCUGAAUGGGAAGAAAUGCGUGAAUCUCGGUUAAGGUACCCUGUGAGUUCGGAUCAAGUUGGUACCUGAAGACACUGAAGAUACAAAGACAGGUUUUGUCCACACUCGGACAAGACAGAUACAUCUAUUGAACAACAGAGAAUAACAGAAGGCCCUUAGAGAAAAAGACGAUAUGUAGUGAUGGAGUGGAGGGUACGGUGGUUACAGUCGUGCGGCGUAUGAGUUCGCAGGGCCAGACAAUAGCUUGGCGUUUUCAAACGGGGAAAUCAAAAUGUCGAGAUAUAGACUGUAGCUGUCCCGGCCGAAUGCCUAUGACAUGAGUAGUUAAAUAUGAACUUCAAACCU